AUGCCCGUGGAUGAGAUGCUCCAUCUGAGUAUCACUGAGCGUAUGAAAAAUGUGGUCAUUACCCCUCCAAAGGACUUGGAGAAAGUUGAUUUAAGCCGCAUCUAUCGAUUGACACCUAAACCCACUCUCGUAUUAGACGGUACACUACGAGUCAUCGAAGUAUCCAAUAGUCAUGUGGAACUCUUCAAGCGUCCGCGAGAUCAACUGUUAGCAGCAAAUGUCUACGAUCUUCCCCCCUCCAUCCUCCCCGCCCCCGAUAUUGCCUCCUUAAGUGGUGCCCUCGGUACUGCCAUAACAACUCGCGAAGUGCAGGUCAUUAAGCGUAUUUCUGUGCCACAUCUCGACACCUGCUUUGCACUGAGCGUGACACCUAUCUUUGAAGACGAUUCCCUGAUCUACCUACUCUUGGAAGCCCAGCGGACCAACGAUGAACGGAGCAGGACGAAUUCCAUCAGCGAACAAACCUAUCUCAACCAAACCUACAAAAUUCUGGUGGACACAGUAAGGGACUAUGCCAUUUUUAUGCUGGACACGCAUGGCCAUAUUGCGACUUGGAAUUCCGGCGCCGCCAUUUUAAAGGGAUACACCUCAUCCGAAAUCAUCGGCCAGCAUUUUUCCGUCUUUUACGGUCGCGAUGACUGGGAAAUGAACAAGCCCGCCCGUGAGCUGGAGGUCUGUUUAAAAGAAGGCAAAGUUGAGGACGAGGGCUGGCGUUACCGCAAGGAUGGCACCCGAUUUUGGGCCAAUGUCAUGAUCACCGCCAUCUACCAGAAUGGUAGCCAUGUGGGAUUCGUGAAAGUUACCCGCGAUCUGACCGAACGCCGUGCGGCAGAGGCUCGUUUGAUCGACGCCUUUGAAGAAUCUGCUAAGCUCAAGUCCGACUUUUUGGCCAACAUGUCCCACGAACUGCGCACCCCGAUGAACGGAAUGCUCUUGGCUUUGACAAUGUUACUCAGGACCGAGUUGACAGAUGACCAGCGAGAAUUUGCUUGCAUCCUCGAAGACUCAACCUCUAUCUUGCUGCAGGUCAUUAACGAUGUGUUGGAUUAUUCGAAACUAUCCUCGGGAACCUUCCCCUUGAACGCAGACGUGGUCAACAUCCCCGAUGUGAUCUCUGCCGUGGUUCGGAAUUGCCAGUCAGCGCUCAAGCCUGGGGUUCAGAUCAUGAGCGGUGUGAGCGACGGCUUUCCUCCAAAUCUCAAAGGCGACCCGCUACGAUUCCGCCAAGUCCUACAAAACCUGGUCACCAACGCCGUCAAGUUCACAGAGAGUGGUCAUAUUCGAAUUCAUGCCACUUAUGAUAUCGAUGAGAAGGACCCUGAGAUGUACGUGAUUUCCACGCAGGUAGUGGAUACUGGUAUCGGCGUACCCGAAGAUGCGGCGAGCAUCCUCUUCACCCCCUUCACCCGAUUCGCGGACACGGCCGCCAAAAGAUACCAAGGUACUGGGCUUGGUCUGUCGAUAUGCAAGAGCCUGGCUGAAUUGAUGGAUGGAGCGGUUGGAUUCCAUGCCAACCCCGAGGGACCCGGUAGUGUUUUCUGGAUGACAGCUAAGAUGGCUCGCCUUACCUCGCCAGUGUCUCCAGUGAAGCCGAGGUUGCCACCGGUUGUGCCUGAGGCAUUGGAUAAUUCCGCCUCACUCCAAAAGGUCGCUCCACACAAGCACCUUCUCCUAGUCGAAGACAACAAGGUCAAUCAACUUAUUAUGUUGAAACUUCUCAGCAGCCUGGGUUUCAAGCGCGUUGAUGCUGCCUGGGAUGGAGCAGAAGCAGUGCGUAUGGUCAAGCAGAAGCCUUUGGCAUACAAUGUGAUCCUGAUGGACAUAAACAUGCCGGUCAUGGAUGGAUUGACCGCCACAGAACACAUUCGACGAAUGAAACUCGAUGUGCCCAUCCUCGCAUUGACAGGCAAUGCUCUGAAGGGAGACGCAGAGAUGUAUCUGGCCAAAGGCAUGGACGAUUACAUAGCUAAGCCUUUGCAUCGGCAGCAGCUGGUUGAUUUAUUAUGGAAAUGGUGCGGAUCCUGA